AGAGAGAAGAGAGGGGUUAAUAACAUACAGAGAGAGAGAGAGAGAGACUCUCGCGCGGAGACACAGAGGACAAAAACGUGACUAGGCAGCCUAAGAGCUGUUAUGCAACCGCUGACCUACUAACACAUAUUUCUAGAAAGGGAGCCGGAGAAACUGGAGCAAAGUGUCCAGCAGCACACAACAGACAGGCAGCCCGAGCCAAAAGACCGAAACAGCAUCCACCCGACCCACUGACUCAACCACAACUGAACGUAGCACCGACAGGAAAGGGAGAAGAAAGUUUUUUUUCGGUUUUUGGGAGGUUUCCUCUAAAGGGACAAGGAAAGGAGGAAACGGGAGCGAGACAGCUUUUGUGUCGGGGAAGCCUGAAUCUUUUUCCCCUCCUCCAGGACAUGGAAAGGUAAUUGUCAGCAAACAGCAGCACUGAAGCUAGAUCCUCAGGGAGCCCCGAAGUAGACGGACUGACCUACAUCCUGUGUGAGACACUGAGAGAAGCAGGGCAGCGGGCCUGACAGGCAUCACAGCUCCGCUGAAGAUUGAGGAAGACGCCAAUAAACUCAAAAUCACCUGCGGCAAGGCUCCAAAAACUGCUUUGAACAAUUCAACAAGACAACUGAAGACCUUUUGAUCGAAAUAUAAGCUUGUUUCUUUUUUUAGGUUCCUCAUUCACAACACUAGUUCAAUGUCUGAGGUUUUUGUGGAGUUCCACCUCUUUUUAAUCUUCCUAGCUAAUUUGGACACUUGAACAUUUCUAUCUUGAAAAAAACUUAACAGAAAUCAAUGAGGCUAUCCCUUCAAGGAGCACAAAUACCUCAUCCAGAAAUUUUCGCGGAUCCUGCGACAUAAGUCACAGUCCUUAGUAACAAAGCAGAAGGCUCGUAUAGUUUGAAAUCUUUUCCCUUCCCCCCUUUGCCCUUUGGCCCUGGCCCCCAGCUGGGAAAAAAUGGAAAGUCUCAGUAUACACAUCCCAUCCACCAGCAACAAGAAUGCCAUGGAGGUAGACAAUUUUUCUUCCUACAGCGGGAGCCUCCCAUCCCCUGUUCCUGAAGGUGGCACGCGGACCAGCCGCCAGGCUAAAGGUAGCAAGCCUACUGUGACUUCCCGUCGCAAGCGUGAGUUCAUUUCUGAUGAGAAGAAAGAUGCUUCCUAUUGGGAAAAACGGAGGAAGAACAACGAAGCAGCCAAACGCUCAAGGGAAAAGCGUCGCCUCAAUGAUAUGGUGCUAGAGAACCGGGUCAUGGCACUGAAUGAAGAGAACGUUCGUCUUAAGACAGAACUCCUUCAGCUCAAGUUGCGCUUUGGCCUCAUUAGCACAGCCUCCUACAUGGAGAAAAGUCAGCAGAUCUCCAACAGUGCUGCAGGUGGCAACACUGGUAGCAACACCAAUGGCACCCCAAACAGUAACGCCUACCUCUCAAGCAGCGGAUACUCCAGUGCAUCCCAGGUGAUGCUGAAUUCUGACUCAUCUGAAACUGAACAGUCGAGCCGUGGUGAGCGUCACACCUCUCUCCACAAGUACUCUCCCCGGGGCUCCGUGUCUGACAUGUCUGACGGCUCCUCCAGAGACAGCCCAGAGCCCAUGGGCUACAACAUAAAAAAGGAGCCCUCAAGUAUGGAGAUGACCAGGCUGGAAAGCAGUGGGAUUCCUGAUGGGGUUGCUAAUGGGAUACCAAAUGGAAUGCCAGCUGGGGCUUAUCAUGGUAACCACACUGCUCUGGUUUCUCCUCACCAGCAGGGCACCCCAUUGGCUGAAAGUGCCAUGGAUUACCAGCAGCAUCAACAGCAGCAGCAGCAGUGCCACAUGGAGGCCUCCAGCUCCACUCCUCAGGCCACCUCAGCGCAGAGGAGUGUCAUCUUGUACCGCUCCAGCAGUGGCUGUUACCCCAUGGAGAGCCAGAGGUCAGAGGACCCCCAGCAGAGCACACUGCCGCAGCAUGGCCAGCACACCCUGAUCAGCUCCAGGUUCUCUGACUGCUCAGAGACCAUCACAGAGGUCGCUGAGAAGCUAGAGAGGACAAAGACCUUAGACUCGCCUCAGUACGAAUACACCAAUGGUCAUGCAGAGACUGGCAGAGGAGCUGCAGCAAAAGUACAAUCCCAAUGGCCGACAGCAGGUCAGGAGAACAGUCCUCAGAGCCACCAGAACCCCUUUGCCCCUGAUCUGAUCCACAACACUGAGGAGGGCAAGUCCUCCUUCACACAGCACAACGGCUACCUCAACACACUGGACGAAGAGCCCCCGGUGCUCACCUACGAGGGAGGCCCCCGAGCUGAUGGUUUCUACCAGGAGAACUCGUCUGCUAAAGACACCUCCUCCAGCGACGGGGACCCUCGUAGCUCUGACAAGGAGGGCUCCACAGAUGACGAGUCCCCCUCCUCGUCCUCCUCAGACAUCAGCAGCUACCACCAGAAGGCGGCGGGAACUGCCGGUUCACAUGGAGAGUGCCAAGCAGAAGUCAAAGCCACUGCACUGCCUCACAAGCUCCGCCUCAAGUACAGAGCGCUGUCCAAUGGGGCAGCAGGAGCACAGGUAGAGGGCCCCAUCAGCACCUCCAUGUCCCCUUCUCCCACCUUGCCCCAGCACCCUUAUUUAGCUCUACCCAGCAACCCUCACAGCGGCCAUGCCAACGGGGAGAGCAAAGAAGUGGAGAACGAGACUGAGUAUGCAGAAGAGGUGAAGCCUCAUGGGAACGAGAGGGCUGAGGCUAAAAAGGAGGGAGGGAGAAAGGGAUCCAACAGCGGGAGGGGUGGGCGUAAUAAGAGGCGAGAUUAAGGACAAUUAGGAGCAGCUCAAGCAUUUUCCUAUCACCUCUUUGUCGUCUACAGCAGACAGACAACUACAACUAUGACUCACAUUGCCACCUUACAAGACAGAAAAGAAGUCAGUGAUCUGUAUGAGCUGGGGUUAAGAUGUGAUUUCACCAUCAAGUUUCACUGUGUCACCUGUUCCCCUUCCCUUUACUCUCUCCUACCUCCCACCUAUCCCUCUAAUUAAAAGAAUAGAUCUCUUAAUGAGGGAGGGGACAGAAUGAAACUCUCCAGAGCUGGAGUCUGGGACAUUUCCCUCAUUGAAAACUCAAACAUGAUUCAAUUAUUCAUUAUUGUAAACUGCCUUGGUGGCUGGCCAGCAUUUAUUGUGGCAUUAUGGGAACUUUCUUUCGACCAAAGAUACACAUCCUUCCUUCAGCAUCUCCCUUUUUGGCAAAGAGUUCCAUUCUUCCUCCCUCUGAACACAUCUGUACCAUUUGAUCCUCCACCUUCUUAUCAUCUGCACACAAAGUCCUCUUCACUUCUGAAGCACUUAGAUUGUAUAUUACUGUGACAUAUAAAUUUGCAUAUAUGGAAUAUAUAUUUUAAGAAGAAAAAUGUGGCAAAAACAACAAAAAAUAAAACAGUGGGAUGCGAAAGUUGUAGACUUAAAAGUGAUGAGUUUGUUCUUGUUGAGACACCUUGUACAGUCCCUCUUUGUCUAGAAAAUGCCUCAAAUAUGUUCUUUUAACUCCAAGUAUGAGCCACAACUUGUAAAAAAAAAAGAAGAAACAAACAAACAAAAAGAAAAAGAAAGGUAACCUUUUUUCUGACUCGGCUCGGGUUCCUUGUUCAGGUGAUCCAAGCUCUUUGACACUCAAAAGCUGUCAAAACAGUCAAGGCCAGUUAUUCUCAUAUCAAUCAAGGCUAUGCAGUCACACAUUGCUGUUGGCAAAACCUGACAAGCACAAGGCGAGCCUCGUUUGCCAGCCGUUCAACAACAAUAUAUCUUCAUUUUCCAGACAAAAACUGUCUGUCUAAUAAAUGAAAUGGGUCUCCAGUUGCAACCAGCAAAGCUGCUCUCUCUUCAUAAGGUGCCUCUUUAUUGUGUUGUCCCUCGUCCCCACAUUGGCCGAUGUCUUAACGAUCCCACUCACCUCCGCACUGAGUUGUUUUAGCUACAGUAGCUGCAGUAGAUCAUAUAGUCUGUACAAGUUUAACUGUUUCACUUCCUGGUGCCUGCCUCUGGCCACUAUGUAUAAAUGUAAAGUUGUCUCUCUAUCUCUUGUAUACUGCUGUCAUUAUUUUAUUAUUAUUUUAUUAAUAUUGUUAUUUUCUAUUAUAUUCUGUUAUUAUUUUGGCUAUUAUUAUGUGUAUUUUUCUGUCAUCCUGUUGUGUCAUUUUGCUCUAUGCUCUUCCUGGUUGUGCUGUGUAUCUACCCUCGCUGCCCUUUGCCCCAGUUACCAUUUGUACUAUGUGUUACUGUAUAACCUUUGUUGUUUGUCAAAAGGCAUACCUGAAAAUGGAAAAAAAACAUGAAUAAGGCUUGUCCAAAAGUGAUUAUGUAUUGCUAUACUUCACGUGGAUAUGCAAAAUGGUUACAGAAAACACUCAUUUUUGAUUGUGAAAGAUUCAAAAUGGGUACAAAAUAAAAGGUUGUUGAAUUUGUA